UUUGUAAGAACCGAAUCCCGGGCACAAUGUCACGGCAGGUGGAGCUGCUCCCGGUGCAACAAGUCGCGCGACAGCUUCGAGGAGGAGUUUCCGAAACCGGGGCCGGUGAUUGGGGCUCGCGCGUGAACCGUGUCGUUAUCCGGCUGGAAAAGCGUGCACCUGCUGUGGAUCUGCAGCCAUGGACCGGGUACUGAGAGCACGAACCUCCAAAGCGGAGUCCGAACACAUCUUAGACGUCCUGGAGGAGAGAAGGCGGGGCAGUGAUAUAGGCCACGCCCUCAGGACUUACAGCGCUCAGCCGUAUCGCGGGGCCACGCCCCUGUCCGUGAGCGCCCUCAACAGGAUGGUGCAGGAGUCGCAGUAUCUACGCUACAUCAUCUCCGAGAUAUCCGCGGAAUCCGGAGAGCCACCAGAGGUCGUGAAGGAGGAAGCCGUCAGCAUCUUAGAGGAGAUGAGUCAGAACCUGCAGCUAAGCUUCAUCCGCCUCAUGGGUUUCGCUCUCACUAAAGUCUUCAAGAGGCUCUUCACCUCCAUCCGGGUGAACGAGGACGGACUCGCACGGCUCCACCAGGCCAUUCAGGAGCAUCCGGUCAUUUUAAUGCCCAACCACAGGAGCUACAUCGACUUCCUGGUUAUUUCCUACAUCAUGUUCACCUACGAUCUGUCCAUCCCCGUCAUCGCUGCUGGAAUUCCGCUUAUGGGAAUGUCUCUGGUUGGUGAGAUCCUGCGCCGCUCCGGAGCGUUCUUCAUUCGCCGGGCCAUCGGAGAGGAUAAGCUGUACUGGGCCGUGCUGUCGGAGUACGUCAGGACCGUAGUGCGGACGGGAUUUGCUCCUCUAGAGUUUUACGUGGAAGGUCUGCGCAGCAGGACGCUGAAGUCUCUCAAGCCCAAACUGGGGAUGAUGCAGAUGAUCUUGGAACCAUUUUUUAAAGGCGAGGUGUACGACAUCACCCUAGUUCCCAUCAGCAUCAGUUACGAUCGCGUCCUGGAAGAAUCCCUGCUUGCUCACGAGCUGCUCGGCGUUCCCAAACCCAGAGAGACCACCAGGGGUUUGCUUAAGGCUCGGCGGGUUCUGGAGGAAAACUACGGCUGUAUGCAUGUGUACUUCGGGAACCCAGUGUCUGUGAGAGAGCUGGCUAAGGGGAGGAUCCAGCGCAAUCAGUACAACCUGAUACCCAGGGAUCUGCCUCUGAAGCUCAGUGCCGAGCUGCAGGACUUUGUUGGUGAAGUCGCUCACUUGCUGGUGCUGUUGCAGGAGCGAAGUUUGGUCCUCAGCCCAUGGAGUCUCAUGGCUCUGAUCCUCCUGCAGAACCCUGAUGGAGUGGACUGGAACACGUUUACACAUAAAACCCUGCGCCUGAGGACCCUCGCUGCUCAGCUCGGAGCCCGAAUCGACUGGCCUGCACAGCUUCCUGACUCGGAGGUGAUGUCGUCCAGCAUGGCUCUGCAUCACUCUAUUGUGGGCUCUGAGAACGGGUCUGUCCGACUGGUCGAGGAGGCGGGGCCAGCACCCGUCACUGAAGAGGAGGCCGUGUUCCGGCGAGCUUCUGUGGUGCUCAUGUGUGCCUCCUACAGGAACCAAGCACUGCACGUGUUUACCCGACCUGCCCUGGUGGCUGUCGCCAUGACAACGGCUCCAAGCUACAGCAAGGACGACGUCUUCAGCCGCUUCUGUUUCCUGCAAGAUGUUUUGGCAAAUGAGUUCGUCUUCAUGCCAGUCCAUGCGCCGCAGGAUUUUGAGGAAGGCUGCUCUGGCCUUCUGCGUUGUGGAGUGCUGAGCAUCUAUGAAGGCGGACUCAGAGCGACCGAAGAAGAGCAGGACAUCGUCGUCUUCCUCAGAGCUGUUCUCGAGCCUUUUAUUGAAACUUACCAGAUGGUGUUUCGAGUUUUGUGUGAGGAAACAUUUCAGACGUUUACAGAGAAGAAGUUUGUGCCCGACAUCCGUGCCGCCAUCGUGAAGCUCUUCCUCUCAGGUGAGGUGAAGUCGUACGAGUGUUUGUCCUCCGACACACAGAAGAACGCUCUCUCGGCUCUGGUCAGGAUGGGAGCCGCGUCUAAAUGCAGGGUAGCUGAUCAGACUGAGUACAGGAUAGACCAGAGUGCAUUGAGGAGAAUACGCGACACGCUGGAUGGCAGCGUCGUCUCCAAGGUGCCGUUGUUCUCCAGACUGUGACUCCACCUUUUAUUUUCAAUAUAAUAAAUAGUGAGGUGAAGUAGGACCUUCCUCAGUCCAAGCGAUACUGAUUACAACAUGAUAAACUCAGGACCAAGAACAUUCCCACAGGAAAUUCCAGAGAUUCCCUACGCAUGUAAAAAAAAAUCAUGUGAUGGCCGUUACGGUACGAGAGCUCAGACGUGUAAAGACUUUAAUGCUCAACACAUUUCACUGCCAUUUUUACACCAUUUCCAGCAUCUACAGCUAGGAUUUAUUAUUCAGUAACAGGAAAAGGUCUUUUGUAGGUUUUUACUGACUGUAAGUUUACGAAUUUGCCUGUCUGACCCUGCUGAUGUGUAACUGUAGAUAUUUUGGCUUGUAGAUAUUAAUAUAGAAUAUUAAACAGACUGUAAUUCUAGUGUUUCGAAGCAAUGUGACAUAGCAGAAUGUAUAAUAUAGUAUAAUACAUUAGGAAUGAAAAAAAAAAGGUAUUUCUAAUGAAAUAAAAAAUGAUUCCAC